AUGAACGAUCCAAGUUUGCCAAAAUAUACGAUUUCAACCAUCGCUUUUGAGAGUUGUAGGUCAAACUCGAGGGAAAAGGAAGAUGGCGGCAGUUUAGAACGUCAACAGAUCUCUGGCGAACAAAACAACCUUCCUCGUACAUUGAAGAAUCGGCAUGUGGCGAUGAUAUCAAUUGGGGGUGCAAUAGGCACUGGGUUGUUCAUAGGAACUGGUACAGCUUUGUCGAACGGUGGACCUGCCUCAUUAGUUUUAGGAUAUGCUUUCACAGGAAUCCUUGCCUGGGCCCUAAUGUGCAGUCUAGGUGAAAUGAUUUGCCAUCUUCCAAUUGCUGGAGGUCAUACGGCGCUAGCAUAUCGAUUUUUUUCUCCAAGUCUUGGUUUCGCACUUGGAUGGGCAUAUUGGUAUCUUUGGUCUGUCUGUCUUGCAACUGAACUCGCCGCUUGUGCCAUACUCAUCCGGUUUUGGACGACGAGAAUAAAUCCGGCGAUUUGGAUAUUAAUCUUCCUAGUUGGAGUCGCAUUGAUCAAUCUGGGGCUUUCUAUCAAAUUCUGGCAAUCAGGAGAGAUGGAAUUUUGGUUUUGUAGCAUAAAGAUCCUCACCAUCGUGAGCGUGAUAAUCCUAGGUAUCAUACUAGACUUGGGAGGAGUAACUGGCGAGCGCAUCGGGUUUCGUUAUUGGAAAGAUCCAGGCCCUUUUGUCCAGUAUAAGGGUGUACCUGGAGCAAUUGGUCGCUUUUGUGGAUUUUUUUCUGUUUUCAUCACUGCUGCAUUCUCUUACAUUGGAAUUGAAACCACUGCCAUAGCAGCAGCUGAAGCCAAAAAUCCUAGGAGAAACAUGCCUAAAGCUAUCAAGCGUGUCUUAGGAAGGGUUCUAGUCUUUUAUGUGGUUGGUACAGCAGUCAUCUCUGUUCUUGUCCCGUCCAAUGAACGAAGACUCUUGCUAUCAGAUUCUACUGGAGCGAAGUCACCCUUUGUAAUCGCUGUACAAAAAGCAGGAAUCAAGGGACUUCCUUCCAUCAUCAACGCCGCGCUACUCACCUCAGCGUGGUCUGCUGCAUCCUCAAAUCUAUAUGUUUCCAGUAGAACUCUAUAUGGAAUGAGUCUCGCUGGUAGCGCCCCACGAUUUCUAUCUAAGCUUACUUCGAACGGAGUACCGAUUUAUUGCUACUUUGCCGGUAUUGCCGUGGGCGCUUUGGCUUUGAUGUCAGCGGAUGCAGGAAAGAUCGGACUAGUAUUUGGAGCACUAUGUAAUAUGACCUCGGUCACGGGGCUUAUAGUCUGGGCUUCUAUAUUUGCCACGUAUAUCCGGUUCCAUUCUGGUAUGAUUGUACAAAAGUACGAAAAAUCCCAGCUUCCGUAUCGAUCUCCACUCGGACCGAAGGCUGCUUGGUGUGGUCUUGUGUGCUGUGUCAUCAUCAUCUUUACCAAUGGUUUUAGAGUAUUCCUGAAGGGUGGUUGGGAGUUUGAAACUUUCUUCACAUGUUACUUUCCAGUUGUUGUGUUUAUAGCAAUGGCUGUAAUACAUGCUUGGAAGACUGGCUCGAGUCUUGUACCAAAAGGAAGUAUGGACUUUGGUGAGUCAUGA